AUGGAUCUUCUAAAUAACGAGUCAGAUGAAGAUUUUGAAGAUGGAUUGAUGCAAAUUUUGGGUACAUAUAUGUUACUAAAACGACUCAAGAAUAAGAAACAAACUAGACGUUACUGGGUGCAUGAAAUAAAUGAAAAGAGAAGUACGUGUGGUGAAUAUCAUGCUCUUUAUCAAGAUUUACUUAAUGACAGCGAAAGAUUUCAUAUGUAUUUUCGGGUUACUAAAACACAAUUUGAGGAAAUACAUGAAUUUAUUAAAAAUGAUAUACAAAAGAAAAGGACAACAUUUCGCGAAGCAAUCAGAACAAAAGAAAGACUUGCUGUAUGCCUCAGGUUUUUAGCCACGGGCAAUUCAUUUAGAUCGAUGGGAUUCAACUAUCGAAUGGGAUUCAGUACCGUACGAAACAUUGUGCAAGACGUUUGCAAUGCAAUUUGGAAGAAAAUGGGUCCUAUUUAUAUGCCCAAACCUACAACUGCAAUUUGGCAAGAAUCAGAAAAUGGUUUUAGAAAUUACUGGAAUUUCCCAAAUUGCUGUGGAGCAAUAGAUGGAAAACAUGUGAAUAUUAUUUGUCCUAUAAAUGGUGGUUCAAAUUACUGGAAUUAUAAGGGAACUAAUUCAAUCGUGUUACUAGCUGUAGUAGAUCCAAAGUAUAGAUUUUUAGUUGUGGACGUCGGAUCCUAUGGUAAAAACAGCGAUGGUGGCAUAUUUGAAAAAUCCAUUUUAGGAGAAUUAAUAGAAAAAGGAAAAUUAGAAUUGCCAGCCGCUAACCCUUUAACUCCAAAUUCAGAACCAUUGCCACAUGUGAUUGUGGCAGAUGAAGCUUUUCCCUUAAAACCAUUUUUGAUGCGACCCUGCAGUAAGAAUGACGUUCGUAACAAUGAACCCAAUAAAAUAUUCAAUUACAGACUCAGUCGUGCUCGACGAAUAGUCGAGAAUGCUUUUGGCAUCUUAAGAUCAAGAUGGCGUGUAUUUGCAGGUCCUAUGUCAGUACAACCUGACAUGGUCGACAAAAUAAUUUUAGCAACAUGUUGCUUACACAAUUAUUUGGGCACGGAUAAUUUACCCUCGAACUGUGAUCAUCCAGAGACAAAUGUGACAGAAUCUACCGCCUUUGACAAUUUAAAUCCAAUUCGUAGAAAUUCCACACAAUAUGCUUUUACAGUGAGAAACAAAUUCAAAGAAUAUUUUAACAGUGAAGGCGCCGUUCCGUGGCAGCUUGAUAUUGUGAGGAGAGGUAGACAACAUUAAUAACAUGGCUACUCUUCAAAAAAAUCACAAAACUAAGUUCAUACGAGAUAUAUGUAUAUUUAGUUAACAUAGGUCUUCGGGAUACCCAGAACGUGAAACCUUUUUUAAUGUAAAACACCAAAACCUAUAAAGUAGGAACCUCUUUGUGUCUGUGUUUUGUUUUAUCUUUUUUUAAUUUUUCGUUGUCAAAAAUAAGUCUUGCGGAAUACAACUCUCUUAUAUAAUUUUCACGAAGCAUUUUUUAUUCAAUUUUAUAUACAGUCCUAUCCAAUAGGUAUAUAUAUUCAAGUAAAAAAUAAGUAUAUUCUAUUUUGUAAUAAAUAAUAUUCGUAAUAAAACUUA